UAGACGAUCGCCAAAAGGCGUCUCUCUCUACUUUAUAAAUAUGAGCGGUGUAGUAGGAGCUUCUUACGGCUGCCACAGUUGGUCCUCUUGGAAUCUCUGCUAAUCAACUCUUCAUCGUCGAUUAUCGAGAGAGUGAAAGAGGAAAAAAACCAGAGAAACAACAAAUCAAGAAAGAUCAGAAUCUUUCUUCGUCGCCGACUCCGAUCAUCUUUAGCUCGGCCUAAAGAUGUCAACUGUGAGCCUAUCCUCCCCCUGCCUAAUCAAAAGUGGGGUCCCAAAGGGCACCAGCGUCUUAAUCAAGAGUGCAGCUUCUUUGAGUUCUGUGAAGAGCAUUUCUAAGGCGUUUGGCUUGAAGGCUUCCUCAAACUUCAGAGCAACUGCAAUGGCAGUAUACAAGGUAAAGCUGGUUGGACCAGAUGGAGUUGAGCAGGAGAUUGAGGCACCAGAUGAUGCUUAUAUUCUUGAUUCAGCUGAGAAUGCAGGCUUGGAGCUUCCCUACUCUUGUAGAGCUGGGGCAUGCUCUACCUGCGCAGGGCAGUUGUCGGGGGGUUCAGUUGACCAGUCAGAUGGUUCCUUCCUUGACGAGAAUCAGAUGGAGAAGGGUUAUGUGCUGACCUGCAUCUCAUAUCCAACUGCCGACUGUGUGAUUCACACACACAAAGAAGGUGAACUAUACUGAGUAUUGUUGCAGUCAUUUUCUUUGGCUGAUGGAACUUCGGUGUUGUCUUCUGUUUCCCAGUGAUUUUGCUAUAUGGAGAACUCUGCGUUUAAUGAUAUCGAAUAAUUUUCACUUUCAGUGUUAA